GGCACGCCGAGCACCGCCGACCAGCGGCAGCUGCUGCAGAAGUGCCUGCACCUGCUGGACCCUCGCGCGAGGAGCACGCUGCGCUCUACGCGGCCGCCGCGCUGCAGCUGGCGUGCUCGUACAUGCGCUCGCCCACGGCCGCGCUCGCCGACGAGGCCUGCUCGCCGUCGACGCCUCCGCCGAAGGAGCCGCCCGCGGCUGCGAGGCUGGCGGUGGCGCUGGGGCACCUCGAGAGCAUCCUGAAGCUGCUCGACGACCUCGACGACGUGCCGUCCGAGGGCGUCUCUGUGAUCGCGGAGAUGCAGCUGCAGGCGCGCGUGGCCUAUGCGGAGGCCAUCGUGAAGCUCGUGCGCGAGGCGUGCAUUCCCACCUACAGCUCCUGGCUGGGAGAG